CCCAAAAAAGUUUGGUAAAUGUUUUCUCUGUCUUCACUGUUGGCAGUGGAAAAGGAACAACAAGCAGCUGACUCUUGUACCAGAGACAAACGCAGAGUGUGCAGUGGACUUUGAGCGUUCAAAGCACUGUCUGUGCUUCGCGGCCCUCUGACAGAGUCCAGGUGUUGGUAUAAAACAUCCGAGCUGAGACGGAGACAUCAGUCUCGACUGAGAACUCACCAACCCGGGAGGAGAGAGCUGCAACGAGCCCGCCAUGGGGGUCUCUAAGCUCUGCCUUUUGCUGCUCCUCAGUAUAUCAGCCUUGGCUCUUGCCCAAGACGAAAUAUUUUCAACCUGUUUGUUGGCCCAAAGGUACAAGCCCCUGCACAAAUAUGAAUACCAAUAUGAAGCUGAAUCUUUGAAUGCCAUCAGUGGAGCCUCAGAGCUCAAGAAUGGACCCAAGGCCUCCUGCAAGGUUGAGAUCGAAGUUCCACAGAUGUGCAGUUUCAUCUUACGCACCACAGGCUGCAGUCUGAGCGAGGUGGUGGACACGGACGCAAAUGGCAACCCCGUGUUCCUUCCAGCCGCCAGCUCUGACGGCUUUGCCGCCGAAAUGGAACGGCAUCCUCUGAAGUUUGUUGUUGAGGGCGAGUAUGACGUGAAGCUCUUCCCUGCGGAUGGCGAAACAACAAAUAUUCUGAACUUCAAGAGAGGCAUCGUCUCCGCCCUGGCUGUGCCUCUGCUGGAGGAAGAGAAGAACCACAACAUGCCCACCAUCCAUGGCAAGUGCACGACUUCCUACACGAGCAACGCCAGAGAGGACAUUGACACUGACAUCAGCCUGCACAGGGACCUGUCCACAUGUGACAAGUUUGUGCCCAUAAAAGAUCACAGCAGCCCUCUGGCCCUCCUUACUGGCAUGCACUAUCCGUUGGCUCAGCUGGUCAGAAGCUCCCAAACAUGCAACUACAAAUUUGAUAAUGAGAAAAAACACAUGACCUCCGGCUCCUGCACCGAAGAACACCUCGUUAUACCUUUCUCCCACAAGGGAAAAUAUGGAUUUACCAAUGUUGGAAAGCAGGAGUUGACUCUGGUCCAGGUUUCUUCUCACAAUGACAACGUGUUUGAACGGGACAACAACGUCAAGGAUCUCAACAUGGAGAUUGUCGAGGACAAGAGCAGCAUCCAGGAUGAAGAUGCGGCUGUGAAUCUCAUGAGACAACUGGUCAAUUUGCCCGAGACCGAAGGAGAGAGGAGGGCACACCUCUUCCACACCCUCAUCUCCACAGUCCGUGGAAUGAAGACUGAAACCCUGAAGGCUGCCCUUCCCGAGGCCGUCGCCUUGUCCCGCUUCCUGACCUACCAGGUUCUGGCCCAGUGUGGAACCCCCGAGUGCAGUAGUGCAAUCAUGCAUAUCCUCAGGACUUUCGACACCUCGGACCUCGAGGUCGACACUGCUGUUUUCGCGUUGGGACUCAUGUCCAAUCCAUCUGCGCUGCUGAUCAAUGAUUUGCUCGAGAUGGCCAAAUACAAACCUAGUAAGCCCAUCAUGUAUGCUCUGAGCAAUGUUGUCAAACGAUUUUACAAAGUUGAGAAAAAAACUAUUCCAGAGAUCCACUCUGUUGCCGAGUUCAUGGCUUCCCAGCUGGGCGACUGUACUGGGGCGAAGGACCACACAUUCAUGACACUCAGGGUGAUUGGAAAUAUGGCUCCAGCUGUGAUUCCUGUUAGUCCUGCACUACGGACUGCUGUGAUCCAGUGUGUGAAGGAGCCUGCAGCCUCCCAAAUAGUGCAGCAGGCUGCUAUUCAAGUAUACAGGCAGAUUCCAGUCCCAGAUGAGACAAGGGACGUGUUUAUGCAGGUGCUUUUGGACAACAGCAACCCUGUCCAAGAACGCAUUGCUGCAUAUCUUAUAAUUAUGAAGGGCCCACAGCCAAGUGAGCUCACGCAGCUGAUCAAUGCUUUGUCCAGUGAGGCUAACCAACAAUUCAGGAGCUUUGUAAUCUCCCACAUCACCAACAUUCAGUCCUCGACUGAACCAGAAACCGAAGACCUGAGGCGGAAGAUCCAGGAUGCCCUGCAAGGCAAUGAAAUCGGACCCACAAUGGACCCAAUCAAGUUUUCACGCAACUAUAAGAUUGGAUCAGUGCAGGGCAACAUGAUUUUUGAGGGUGUCAGCUACUUGCCGAAGGAAGUUAUGCUUGAAAUGACUCUGAGGGCUUUCGGCUUUGAGAUUGACAUGAUGGAGAUUGGUAUGACAGGUGAAGGAUUUGAACCAACAAUUGAGGCCCUGUUUGGAGAGAACGGUUUUUUCCCCGAUACUGCCCUGAAGACAAUGUACUUUGUCUCUGAAAACAUGCCACAAGCAGUCAACGAGAUCCUGGAGAAUGCCAUACCUGCAUUGAAGAGGAACAGGAUGAAGAGGGAGACCUCCAACAACCUGGUGAACGAGGUCAGACAAAACCUCGGGAAGCUGGUCAAUGAUCUGAAGACUGCACAGUCUCCGGAAGCAAUGGUUUAUCUGAAACUCUUGGGAAAUGAGCUGGGAUAUCUCAGGACUAACGACAUCGAGGAGAUGACCUACUCUGCCGGCAUGCUGAUUGACAAGAUGCUCAAGAUGUUCCCACAUGAAAUACUAAGAUCCCUGAUGACUAGCCCUGACAACACAAUCUUUGCCCACUACAUCUUCAUGGACAAUGAAUUCUUCCUUCCAACUGUUACUGGAGUACCUCUACGGAUUGCACUGUCUGGUACUUUCACCCCAGGCUUCAAAGGCGGACUUCAGAUUGCUCGCGACAUGAGCACAGCGACUUUCAUGCCAUUUGGUGGCAUUGAGUUUGUCACUCAGGUUGGAUCCCACAUCCCUGAAUAUGUCAAUUCUGGACUAGAAAUGCACACUAACAUCUUCCACGAGAGUGGGAUGAGAGCCAAGGUCUCAGUGGGACGUGACCACGUUAAGCUGACUAUCCCAGCCCCAACAAACCCCGCCAAGCUAAUCCAAAUAACAAACUCCUUUGUGGCAGUAAUCGGAUCAGACGUGAAAAUGUUACCUCCGGUGGUGAAAGACAAAGUUGAAUUAAAUAAGUGCACACCUGCCUUCAUUGGCAUGAAAUACUGCUCUGCUCUGCAGUAUGCUGAUGCAUUCUCUCAUGAGACUGCACCCUACUUCCCCCUGACCGGUGACAGCAAAUUUGUUGUGGAGCUCCAUCCCACGGGAGAAGUUACGGAGUACACAGCCACUGUUAGAUACGAGCUCCUCAAGGAGGGAGACGAGGGCCGGCAGAAGGUUGACGUUUUGAAGUUUAUCUUGAGAGCUGAAGGAGCAGCGCCAACUGAAGCCCAACUGGAGAUGAAAUACAACAGAGAAACAAAUAUCAUCACAGCAGACAUUCAGAUCCCUGACUUUGAUGUGGAGGCUGGAAUCAGGCUCGGCGUCGUUGAUGGGAACGCUCAAGUCAAAGGAACUCAUUCCAUCUUUCUUGAUCUCAUCAACAAGAACGUUCCUCAGGUUUCCCUGAUUGCACGUGCUAAUUUGAAGGAAAAAAAGGAAGGCAUGCUGCAAGUCCAGCUCCUGGUGCCCUCUAUCAGCGCUGAAUCCACCGUCACUGCUAGUUUGAAACAUGAUGAUCCACUGGAACUGGAGCUUGAGAAUGAAAUUAAGGUCAUGGAUGUUUCCUCUGAGCAGAAAAUUAAAUUGAAAUACGAUGGCAGCAAGAUUGAGCUGGAGUUCAAGUCUGAUGUGGAUACAAAAACCACCUCCUUGCCUACCGGUGACAUCAUCCAGCAGUAUGGCAACGAGAUUCUUGACAUGCAAGUGGCACAGACCGACAUGAAAGUUCGUCAUAUCUUCAGAAAGUUUGUGGAGGCAGCAAACAACUACAUGGAAAAGUAUGGUGCUGAAAUGCUCCCUUACAUGCAAAACUUCAGAUUGCCCGACAUACCAGAUAUUUCUUUGCCAGAGAAACUCUUCCUGAAUACUGACGCAAAGGCUAUCUUCUACUUCAACGAUGAUCGCUUCACAUUUGUAAUCCCGCUGCCUCUAGGAGGAAAGACACCAGCAGACCUAAAUUUCCCACCAGCUCUAACCAUUCCUAGGCUGUCUAUACCCCAGUUUGGAUUGGAAAUUCCUGCCAGAAAAAUCCCGAUACCCGACUUUGCUGUUCCAGACAGCUUCGCUGUGUCUGUUCCUGUCUUUAGCAAAGUUGAACUUUCAACUUUGAUAAACAGCAAUCUCUAUGAUGUGGAGGCAACACUUGCAGCUGGAAAGGACGUUGUAGAACCACCUAGUUAUUCUGCAAGGUUUGAUGCAAAAGGAACUUCCCCGAUUGACAUCCUCUCUGUAGCAGUUGAAGGUUCUGGGAUGGUGUCUAUAACCGAAUCCAUCAAGGCUCAUUUGAGAAGCUCUUUUACCCAUAAAUUAUUCGAAGCUAGUUUCAGUACUGAAGAAGAUGGAGUUAUCGCAGACAAAUUCACUUUGAAAUCAAACACCAAAAUCAAAGCCACAAGUCAAUUUGGCAUUUAUGCAAAACUACAGCACACUAGCAUGACUGAAAUCAGCACUCAAGAAGUUCAAAUCAACAACAACUUUGAGGGAUCGUUCAAGGCUGGACCAAUUUAUGGCACAACCACUUCAGUCCAGGCAAUUUCUGUGUUCCCAUUCAGGUCAGAGGCCAAGAUUGAUUCUGAAAUCCAACUUGAUUCAACCAUUUUUAAAGCUGAGAACCAAAUUUCAGGGUCCCUUAGCAAUGGUGAAUUUUUGGCUAAAUCAAACACCAAAGCCCAGGAGGACGUCUUCACACAUGUCACAGAAAUUUCUUUCAAAGAGAGUCGGCUGACGAUGAAAUGUGACGCAAGCGCACAUGCUCUUGGUCUCAAGAUUAGCAACCAGGCUGAAGGCUCUGCUGGUGCUGGUAGAGCCACUAUAAGAAUAGAGACGAAUGGAGACUACUCUGAUAAUCGCGUUUACUCCAUACUUAUGUCCACCUUCGAUGACAAUGGUCUGAUAGUAAGCUGCAAUGCCAACAUAAAGCUUUUUGAGAAUGAAGUUACACAUGAGGCCAGACUGAAAAUGAACAAAGAUGGUUUAAGCACAAGUGGAACAACUACUCUCCAAAGCCCACUCUCUUUAGAAAACACCUUCAAUGCUGGAAUCGAUGCUUCAAGAGGAACUCUGUCCAUUACCAACAAAGCUGCAAUUCAUGAUAUCAAAGUGGAUAAUUCUAACACGCUGACCAUCACUCUUUCUAGUCUGGACUUCAACUCAAAGGUGGAAGCUGGUGCAAGUGAAUAUGCCUCUUAUAAUCACGAUAUCAUCUUUGGCCUGAAGCCUCACACUGCCUCUGCAAAAAUUAACAACCACCUGAAACUUUUGGAUGCCAGUUUUGAUAAUGAUGCACAGUUACUGGCAGAACUUUACAAGAUUGACUUGACUGGAAAACUGACAGCCCUAUAUGGAAUAGACGAAAUAAAGCACACAUACCAGAUUAAUUAUGCAGAUCUAAGUGCAAAUGCAAAAUACAGCACCACUGGAAAGGUAUUUGGCACUCACAUGAGCCACAAUGCUGAGCUUGAAAUUAUUGGCCUUGCCGCACGGUUUAGUAACGAUGUCCGCUUCAACUCACAGCCUAUUCGCUUUGACCACACCAUGCGCUGCAAUUUUGUUCCUUUUGAUUUCAACCUUGAUGCCAUGUUCAAUGGAGACGGAGAUAUUACCUUCUAUAGACAGCACAGUGGCCAACUUUAUAGCAAGUCCUCUCUGAGAGCACAACCCCUUGCUUUUGUCAGCUCCCAUGAAUGCAGAGCAUCGGUGACCCAGAAGAUAGAUAACUGCCUUUCCUUUGAGACCACAUAUCUUAACAACAUAUAUGCUGUUCUAACACCCCAGGAGCAAAAGACAAGUUUUAAAGUUAAAUCUAAAAUGAAUCAGCAUGAAUUUAGUGAAGACAUAGAGAUUUAUAAUACUCAGGAGAGGGUUGGAAUUGAGGUUCAAGGCACAAUCCUUACAAACAUCAUGAACACAGACUCCACAGAGAACCAAGAUUUCACCAUCUCUGGCUUCCUCAAAUAUGACAAGAACACACAAAGUCAUAUUAUUCAUGUCCCCCUGAUUGAAAGUCUGCCUGUCUUCAUGGAGAGCAUCAAGGAAUUAAUUGUGGUUGUAGCAGAAUCUCUGCAAAAUUUCCUCAACAAAAGUGAGGUGAGGGCAAGACUUGAGGCUCUUCCCCAGGAAGUAAGUGAACUUCUUGCUCAAAUUAACUUAGAAGACAAAGUGAAUCGACUGAAACAGCUUUUCAGUGAUUUUAGCCAAAAUUUUGCCAUCACCAGAGAGAACAUGGAUGCAGCUUUGACAAGUCUCAGGAAAGCCAUUGAGACAGUUUUCAUCAAUCUCUCAUCUUACAUCCAAACCUUCGCGGACCUAAUCUAUCAAAACUUCAGUCAGGAGAUAGAAAAUGUUCUGGAAGACUUGAAUGUGCUCAAAGCUAAAGUUGUUAAUGGGAUUGAAACAAUAAGUGAACUGAUACAACAAAUUGACCUAGAAACACUUAAAGGCAGCAGUAUUGAAUUCCUGUCUGAUAUCGAAGCCCGAUUUCAGAUCAAAGCUAUAGUACAGGCCAUCAUGACUAAAGUUAAAGAUAGACUUGACUGGUUUGACUUCUCACACCUAAUGCUGUCAUCCACAGACAUGAAAGAGGUAAUUGAUUUCUUUGUUUAUCUUAUUCCAGUACACAUACUGAAUAAUACAAUGGAAGAGAUUAAGAGUAAGAUUUAUAACUUUGACCUUGCUGGCAAAAUUAAUGUAAUUUUUCUUAAGAUGAAAGAGUUAGUUGUAUAUCUUCAAGUUGACCAAAAGGCUCAGGCUGUCUUGGAAAAAGCACAAGACAUUAUUAAACAACUAAGAAUUCAGGAAACCAUCCAGGCUGCUGUAAAAAUUGUGAAGGAUUCAGAAAUCUCCAACAGAUUUAUAGAAAUCUUUCAAGCCACUAUUGACUACUUAAAAACAACUGAGGUUAGCGAUAUAAUUGAACAGUUCAAUAUGUAUAUUGAAACCAUGCUCCAAAAGUUAAAGUCCAUUAACUACAAUGACAUUGUGGACAACACUAAUCAAAUUAUUGAAGAGUAUAGAAAUUACUCAAAUGAGAUAAUCAGGACUCUCAAAAUUUCAGAGAAACUUGAGGCGGCACGCAAAUUUGCCAAUGUAGUGCUAUCAUCUAUUCGAGACUUUAUAGAGCAUCUGAGAGAAAUACAAGUUGCAAAAAUAGUUAAGUCUGCAACAGACAUCUAUGAACAUGUCAUCAAGACAUUUGCUGAAUACAUAAAAGAGGAAAUCAGAAAUCCUGACAUCAGAGAAGAACUUAACGAGUUUUUGAAUGGGAUCAAUUUCUUAUUCGGAAUCGGAAUAGAUAUUAUUGUACACAACAUCAUUGAUGUUAUUAGUAAAAUAAAUGAGGUGUUGCCUGAUAUGAAAAUUGUUCGUGAGAUUUCGCAGAUCAUUAAAAGUCUUUUGAAUGAAGUGAGACGAGCUGAAAUCAAUGUGCCAUCCUUCACCUUCCCUCUCACAGAUCUUGUUGUGCCUUCCACAAAACUACAGCUCGGUUAUAAGUUUGAGAUUCCAGCAGAAAUUAACGUGCCCGAGUUUACCAUCUUGGGCAUGUACACUGUGAAAGCUUUUACUCUUUCAUUUGAAGACAUCAAUCAGAAGAUCAUUGAACUCAUUGAUUUCAUUGUAAGCAUUGAAAUCAAAAUGCCUGAUCCAGAUGCUUUCUUUGGAGAUCUGACUUUGAAUUACCUCCCAACGCUUCCUGAGAUCACCUUGCCAGAAAUCCCUCUUUUAGAAUUCACAUUUCCCAGCAUUCCGCAAGUAGAUACAGAAAAGUUUGCCAAAGCUAUGGAGAUUCCAGAAAUAAAGCUGCCAACAAUUCCAAAUGGGAUUAUGCUUCCAUGCUUUGGUAAACUUUACGGUGAGAUUAGAUUCCAAUCUCCCAUGUACACUAUAAAGACAUCUGCCGAGUUCCAGAACUCCACUGUGAACAACAUGUCACCUUUAUUCAUUGGCUCCUUUAGUUCUCAGGGCAGAUCUCCCACUUCGGACAUCCUUAAUUAUAAGCUUGACAGCAACGCUCGCAUCGCAAUCCCAAAGAUGAAACGUGUUGUCCUUGCAGAAACUAUAACAUUCAGACACACUUAUCUAGGUGUUGAACAUCAGGCAUCUGUGUCUCUGUAUGGUCUUUCAACUCAAGCACAAGCAAAAACCGCAGUUAUGGUUGAUACUGCACCCUACUCGGCCAACUUGGUUAACACAGCCUUCGUUGCAGUGGCAGGGGGAAUGACCUCUAAAGUUGACACAACUUACAAUCAUGUAGUAAAUAUACCAUUUGCUGAUAUUUCAAGUAACAUUACUGCAAAGCAGAAGUCAGUUGUGCAGCAAGAUGGCUUAACACUAAAUUUUGAGGUAGAAAGUACAGGAGAAGGGAAAAUUAACAGUCAUGAUUGCAAUCACAAGAGCAAGUUUGAGCUUUUGCUCAAACCCAAGACUGUCCACCUAACCUUCACCGGAGACACACAGUCUGAAAUCCUAAAAAUGAAACAGCUUAUUACAGUUGAAUCUGGCACGUUUAAAUUUAAUGUUCAGAAUGAGGGAAGGGCACUAUUCAUCAAGAACAGUGUCCUUGAUGCAUCAGGUGUUGUCAGUCUUUAUGAUAUGAAGAUUGAGAUGAAAGCAAAACAUGACACCGAACUGUAUGGUGCAGAUAGUGGAGUGGUCUCUAACACAGCCAAUUUCAAAGUCUGCCCUGCUGAAGUUUUCUUUGAAAUACAAAACAAAGCAAAUGCCAAGGUCAACAUUUUCAAAUCUCUGAAUGCCAAGAUAGACCUGCAGAAUGACUACUUGGUCAACAUAAGACCUGACUUUCAAAAGGUGAAUGCAGCCUUCCUGGCUCGCCUCAACCAGUACAAAUUGUUCUCCAACUUCACUGCAGACAAUACCAGAAAUCAUGCUGGUGUCUUAAUUGAAGUGGAUGGUCAGACUGAUCUGUCCUUCCUGGAAUAUCCAAUUAGCAUUCCUGAACUCGACCUACCCUUUGUGGACUUCCAUUCUCCACCUAUCGAUGAUUUGAACUUGUUUGAGAAGACUGGACUCAAAAAUAUUCUGUCUUCUACUGAGCAGACUUUUAAUAUGGAUGCCAAGAUCCUUUACACGAAAAGCACCACUGCCCCAAUUAUCGAUGUGAUGGGUCUGAUCCAGAUACCCUCAAUGGGUAGACUGAACUCAGAGUAUUCUUUUAAGUCUGCGAUUAUAAACCUUAAUGCUGAGACUUUGCUUUUUGCUGAAGAUGAUCUUGUGUUCCGCCUAGGAGCUACCACUACAUCUGUGUUUGAAGGGCUGAACACAAAACUCAAAGGAACCACCAACCUGAGCCUCAAGAGAGGAAUUAAGAUAGCUAAUUCUCUCUCCCUGGAAAAUCUUUACAUUAAAGGCACACAUGACAGUACCUAUAGCAUGAACACUGUCUCUGUAUCGACAUCAUCAAUUAUUGCCCUACCUAUACUCAAUCUGGAAGCAAGCCAAAAUCUGGUUGCAAAUCCAUAUUCCAAACCCAAUGCCCAGUCCACUCUAAAGCUAAAGGGUGAUUUCAACAUUCCCAAUAUAAACGCUAUUGGAAAGGUUGAGGCAGAGCACACUGUGAAAGUAGAAAGAGACGAAGAGUACCUUUCAGUGGAGUCAUCCCUUAAGUCAAACAUUGACAGCACAGCAUUGGAAAACUAUCUAGUUUUAGGUGUUCUGGACAAUGAGGCUGUUGUGUAUCUAAAUACAAACACUGUCCGCUCAACUUACAAGUUUAUUACUGAUGCCAAGCUUAAACAUGGCACCACCAAAGUCCUUGGCAUAGAUGUAAACCAACAGCUGGCUGCCGAAGCCUCAAUGGGCCGUCUUUUUGUAGAGCUUACCUAUUCAAGCAACAAUGGAGCAAACUUGUUAAGUUUCGAAACUGAGGGAAAACACAAUGCAAAGGCCAUUAUUGACUUUGAACCAUCAUUACUGAAAUCUGAUAUUGAGAUUGAUAUAAAACAGCCAACCAGCCUGGGUGACCUUGCUUACUUUGAAAAGACUGUUGUUGAACUGAACCCAUCCAAGCAGAAGAUUACUUCAAAUGUCAAGUUUGCUAGUCCAGUGUACAACACAAACAUGUUCACUGAAGUGGACUGUAGUGCCCCUACCCUCAAGGUCACAUUUAGAUCCACUGCCACUUCUCCUAUUGAGGUUUUGGGAUAUGACAUGGAAGGUUCCACCACUGUAACGUUUGAGAAUGACCUCCUGAACAUGGUCAGCAAUCUUGUCCUGACUAAGUCUAGCCUCAACUUGGAUUUAGAAUAUGUCGCUGUUCAAGCUUUGGGGAGGAAACACCAAGCUGAUGAAAGUGCUGCCCAAAUUAAGUUGAACCUUGGCAUCACCAGUCCUACUUUCACUGAUCUGAGGCUGCACUAUGCUGUGGAAAGAGACCAUAUUAACAUCUCUGUUUCUACUCCGUCGUCUGGCUUCUUUGGCCUUCAACUUGACUGCAGAGACCCAUCCCAAAUGAGUGCUAGGUUCUAUGGCCGUUCUCCUAUGUCCUCAGAAACUGACUUUGACAUCUUGCUGAUCGCAUCCUCUACGACCAACACCAACAUUGUGUACAUUAAGGCAUCUGAGGAUCUGAUUGCUCAACUGAAGACAAAUCUCCCAUCAAUUAUCUCUUCUGUUGAAGAAUUUUCUGACAAAUACCGAAUCACAAGCAGCAUGGAGAUGCUCCAGUAUUCUGCUACUAACCGUGUCAGCGAAGUCUAUAAUAUCGCAAUCAGUUAUGAUGAUCAAAUGAGCCAGAUAUCCAUUUUCUUUAAGAACACCACUGAAUGA